UUUAUGUCACUUCACAAUUCGUUUUGGCGCGAGAGACAUCACGAAACGUUAGAACUGCAAUAAUUUCCAGUUUACUGUGUACAAUAAUUAUUUUCUUUAUUUGAUCGAGAAUUUGAAUAGCACGAUCCAAAAUGAGUGGCAUAGCAUACGGUGAUAAUAUCCUUGCAAGUUUGCACAAGACAAUGGGACUUGCUUUGAAAUAUGGUGACACCGAGGACGCCGACGUUGAAAAGUACAAGGAAAUGGCCAAAUCGGUGUGCAAACUCGAACACGGUUUUAUACUUGGUCAUGAUAUUGUCAAAGAAGCGGCCAAACAAGCAACAGUUGAAACAUUUGAUCAGGUUUUAGAAGAACAUCGAAAUGAAUCGCAUCCAAAAUUCAAGCCACAAAACUCGAAACGUUACACCGAUUUCGUGAAAAAGGCACAGCGAAUGGUUGAUGUUGAUAGAGCCGAUGUUUCGCAAUUUUCACAAAGCGUCAAUAUAUCUCUCGAUGAUGAUAAAGCUCAGACCGAACAACUAAUUCCCGAUAUCGAUCCCAUCACCAAGGAAAAACUAGAACGUCCGGUUCGAAAUAGACACUGCAAUCAUAUCUACGGAUUGAUUAGUGUUCAACAGUCCAUUCAACGGAAUUCACGUUUUCGUUGUCCGAUCGUUGGUUGUGCCAGUAAAAGAUACGUCCAAUUGGAUGAUUUGAUUGAAGAUGACGAACUUGCGACCCGUUUGGCGAAACAACGUAAAUCUCAAAGUCAACGUUAGAACUGCAGUAUUCAUCUUUAUAACCAACAACCUUAAACGUCAAUGAUAGCGACACACAAAAAAAUUGGACGUCGCAGAAAUUAGUAGAAAAUUCCAUGAAAAAGCAAUGGCAAAGUUUCAACAUAUAUAUAAAUUACUUUAUUUAGAAUAAACACUAAUUAAGUAGAAGUUAAAUUAAUAAAUAAUGAAGUGAAA